UUUUUUUUUUUUCUUUUUUUUUUUUCUUUUCUUAAUCAACAAAAUGUCACUUGUCAACAGACCUAAUAACGUUCUUGCUCAUCAAAGAUAUUUCCAAGCACCUUCCAACACUCUUUUGUUCCUUCGUGGUCCCAGAGAUAAGUUCUUUGUUUAUACUACUUUCCUUGUCCUUGGUACCGGUGUUGUAGGUUCUCUCUGGGGUGCUAUUAAUAUGGCUCGUGGAAAGAAAUAGAUUUU